GCCUUUAGCUUCAACAUUAUCUUUUCUAGUGAGUUUUGUCUUCUCAUAAUGUGACCAAAGUUCGAUAUCCUCAGUUUGGUCCUUUUAGCUUCUAGGGAGAGUUCACGCUUGCUUUUCUCUAGAAACCACUGAAGCGUUAGACACAAACUGCAAGUCCCACGUUUGAGGCAUUCUGAACAAAACUGGAGUCCAGUGGUACUUUUAAGACCAACAAAGUUUUCAGAAGGUAAGCUUUCGUAUGCAUGUGAGUUCGCGCUGCUGUUCUCUCUACAAACUUUGCUGUAGCCUUCUCUUGCUUGUAGUGCCGACAAAUUCUUACCUUCACUCUUUACACCCCCCCCCCCUUCACAAGGGGCCACCACUGGUAGUUUAUAAAGAAAACAGUCUCUUUUCCCGCCUUCCUUUGCAGCGCUGGGAGGAUUACAGUCUAAAGCCGCCCGGCUGCUCCGGCGCAGGGAGGGAUUUACCUGCUGCUGCUAGCAGCACUUCCCCCGCCUCUUUCUCCUCUCGGCAGGCAGCGCAGUAGCGUCAAGAGAAUUGAGCGGGGCUGAGUCAACACCGCGACCCGCUCAGAGAGUUGUUGCUUCGACUCUUUCUUUGUUGGAGGAGAAAACAAAACUUCCGGCUUCCCAGGACCCGCAAGGAUUAUUGUUUCGGUGAAAGUAUCUGACCUGGGUGGGGGAAGAACAGAGGCGACGAGGGACUCUCAGUGGCCUCUUCAGGAGGGCUGAGGCCAUCAGCCUUCUGGAUCAAAGAUGCCUGUCCAGACGUGACGCGUAUAAAGCAGAGACUUGCUUCACAGUACACAAAGGAAACUGACCAUGACCUAGAACAAUUGACCUUUGGAGAGUUUAUGAUGUCUGCAGGUACGAGUGGCAGGAAAAACCAUCAGGCUGUGAGCCUGGAAGGAGUUGAUCCAGAAACCUGCAUGAUAGUCUUUAAAACCCACUGGGCACAGGUUGUGAAAAUUUUAGAGAAGCAUGACCCCUUGAAGAAUAUUCAAGCAAAAUAUGGAGUAAUUCCUCAAGAUGAAGCCAGCACUGUGCAGAAUUAUGUAGAGCACAUGCUUUUUUUGUUGAUUGAAGAACAAGCAAAAGAUGCCGCAAUGGGACCUAUCUUGGAGUUUGUGGUCACAGAAAAUAUUAUGGAAAAACUCUUCCUUUGGAGUCUCAGGAGGGAAUUCACAGAUGAUAUGAAAAUUGAACAACUGAAGAUGUAUGAGAUGCUUGUCACUCAGUCCCACCAGCCCUUGCUGCAUCACAAACCAAUUCUGAAACCUUUGAUGAUGUUGCUGAGCUCUUGCUCAGGAACCACAACAUCAGCUGUGGAAGCAGAGCUAGUGGUAUUACUGAACCAGCUGUGCUCAAUUCUAGCCAAAGAUCCAUCUAUUCUGGAACUAUUCUUCCAUACUAGUGAGGACCAAGGGGCUGCAAACUUCUUAAUUUUUUCUCUGUUGAUUCCUUUCAUCCACCGUGAAGGUACCAUAGGCCAACAGGCUCGUGAUGCACUACUUUUUAUAAUGUCCCUUUCAGCAGAAAACAAUGUAGUUGCUAAUCACAUAGUAGAAAACACUUACUUUUGUCCGGUGCUAGCAACAGGUCUAAGUGGCCUGUAUUCAUCUUUGCCUACAAAACUAGAAGAGAAAGGAGAGGAAUGGCACUGCUUGCUGAAAGAUGACUGGCUUCUUUCUCCAGCUCUUGUCCAGUUCAUGAACUCCCUAGAGUUUUGCAAUGCAGUAAUACAGGUGGCACAUCUACUGAUUCGCAACCAGCUUGUGAACUACAUCUAUAAUGGGUUUUUAGUGCCGGUAAUGGCCCCAGCUCUGCAUAAGGUGACUGUGGAGGAGGUCAUGACUACAACUGCAUACUUGGAUCUCUUCUUGAGGAGUGUUUCAGAACCAGCAUUACUCCAGAUCUUUCUCCAUUUCAUCCUGCUCCACCGUCAUGAGAAUGUCCAGAUUCUGGACACCCUCACAAGCCGCAUAAACACUCCAUUUCGGCUCUGUGUGGUAUCCUUGGCAUUGUUCAGAACUCUUAUCAGCUUGCAUUGUGAAGAUGUGAUGCUACAGCUAGUUUUAAGAUACCUGAUACCUUGUAAUCAUAUCAUGUUGAGCCAAAGAUGGGCAGUUAGGGAGAGAGACUGGUAUUCGGUAUCUGCUGCUCGACUGCUUGCUCUGACUCCAGUCUGCUGCUCUAGUGGGAUUACUCUGACUCUUGAAAAACAAGAAAAAGACCAUAUCCUAUGGAGAAAGAAUAUACAUGCUGCCGGUUCCACUGAGGAGUCAUCAAACACAAGUAUUACAGACUCCACAUGUAUUGUGGAAUAUGGUAGAAAUGUAGAUAUCAGUUACUUGCAGUAUCUUUGGGAUGCUCAGAUCCUUAUACUCCACUGCAUGAAAGACUGCCAGGUUUGGUCUGCUCCAUAUGAUGGUGAAAACCCUGAUCCACACACCUUUAUCCGAACUCUUGAUGAAGAAGACAGUAAAAGCAUACACCAGCCCAUUUUAAGACUCCAUCACAGAACCCAUAGUAAUCGUAGUUCCUCUCUGCUGACCCCACUGGGAGAAAAGUUGCAACUGGAGCUGGAGUGGGAUGAUAGCUACGAUACAGGAAUUUCUCCUGGAUCUGAUACUGGCUCUCCCCAGCAUGAUGAUGAUUUAGGGAAUGUAGACAGACAAUCUCCGGCAGAACCACCAAAGCAUAUUCAGGAAAUGAAGAAGAAUGCAAUCAUGUUGAUUAAAGGGUCGUAUAUAGAAGAUUCUGACUUUCAGGAUGAUGUCAUGGUGUAUAGGUUGUGUGCUGAAAAUGACGCUCAGGAAUCAGACAGCUUAAAGAAAGAAGCUUUAAGCUCUACAGUGUCAGAAUCUCAAAAAGCAAAUGAUCAAAAGCAGCUCCCCACCAAUGGUCCCCUUAAAAAUAAUCAGCCAAACGCAAACUUAGAAAAGCACAAUAUGAAAAAUUCCAGCUUAACUCAAGAAGCAAUGGCAGAACGAGUACACAAGAGCGCUGUUGAAAUGAACCAGCCAGCAGACUUGGAACUGAAGCUGUCUUCUCAAGAAGCAGAUGAUAACGCUAACAUAAGGCUGCUGAGCCCAGAGAAUGAGGAUUUUAUAUCCCAGUGUGAUAAUAUCAUUAAAGAACUGGAUACUAACUCUACAGGCUUAGUGGAACUUAAAUCGCUUAUGCCUGAUGCUAUCUCUCCAGUGGAAGAGGAGGAGGACUUUGAAAAUUUUUCACUUGACACUCCAUCAGUAGAAAGUAUGCCUUCACCCUUUGGAUCAAAAGAUCUGUGGUCCAGAAACCCUGCAAGGAUCCAGAAUGUCCCAUUUACAGGACCUUUUAUAAGUGUGGUGUUAUCAAAGUUGGAGAACAUGUUGGAAAACUCUUUGCAUGUCAAUUUGCUGCUCAUUGGAAUUAUUACUCAUUUGGCUAGUUACCCACAACCCCUUCUCCGUUCGUUUCUGCUCAAUACCAACAUGGUAUUUCAGCCUAGUGUGCGAUCACUAUACCAGGUGCUGGCGUCUGUGAAAAAUAAAAUUGAGCAGUUUGCUUCCAUUGAAAAGGAUUUUCCCCACCUUCUCAUACAAGCACAACAAUAUUUGCUUUUACGAGUGGACAUGUCUGAUGUUCCACUAGAGUCAUUGACCAAAGGCCAUGCCCAGCACACCAACAUUAUGGGAAAAGGAAGGAACCUUUCAGAGGCAUCUCAAGCCAUCUUGCAGCCUUUCUUGGGAAGUAAGGCAAAAAGAGGAGCUGCUCUGCUCAGCAUCCCUUCAUCUGUCAGGAACGCCAUCCUGGCAGCUGCACUCUUCCCGGAGUUUCUCAAGGAACUGGCUGCUCUUGCACAGGAACAUUCAAUUCUAUGUUGCAAAGUAUUUGGUGAUUUUGAGGAUUAUUAUUAGUUUAUUUCAUGAGACUUUUUAAUUUUUUAAAAUGCAGAAUUACUUCUAAAGGCAAAUUCUACUUUGUAUUCCUGAUAAUACUUGAUUGGAGAGAAAAAGUUACAUCUUUUAUUUUGGGCCUUAUUUCCAGCUAUGCAAACUGUCAGCUUAUGGUAGUCAUGAAGCUUCUUUUUAUGUUACCUUAUUCCAAUGCUUGAUUUGAUUUACCUCAGUUUCUCUCAUUAAACUAUUGUAGUCACUUUGGGUAAGUUUAAAAGGCCCAUUUGUACAGUCAGCUGCAGGGUUUUUUUUCUUUCUAUUUAGUAGACUUGGUUUCCCAAGAAAAGAUAAGAGAAUACCAAUAAGAAGCAGCACAACAAAUCCAAUAAGACUUUUAUGCAAUUACUCUUUUGGUUUCUAUUUAAGGGGGAAGAUAACAGUCCUCCCCCUAAGCUCAGCUUUGCCAGUUGAAUCAAAAUGAAUUUAACAUACAUAAACAUAUGACUUGCUGAAAGCAGGUGCUGUGCUGAAUACAUACCAUGUUGCCUUAUGCUGUGGACAAGUCUGUAGCUUUCAGCUGUUGAAUCUUUUGAAGUUUAAUGGAAUGAGUAAAUGGCCAUUGAGUGCAGACCGCAUGGAAUUGUUUUCCCCUGGCCAUUUAUCUGCAUUCUCUGAAAAUACUAGAUAAUGGUCUAAUGCAAGCCUUAUUUUAGUAAGAUUUGCACACAGCAAAAAUCUUUUAUAUAAUCCCAUUACAUUUUGUAGAGCACGUUUGUAUACUUCUAUUGAUAAAGAUGGAAAUAGUCCAGGGAAUUUUUAAAUAGUGUUUAAAAGUUAAUUAUAUUUUUGUCAGAUUUUAAAAAAAAUCCUGCCUCUAAGCUAUAUUUUCCUUUUUUAAUUUAAAUAGUAUUUUUGUCAAAGAGGAGCUGUAUGGUACCUGUAAAACACUGGAUAUUUAUUUGUGAUGUAUGUUAACUUGUCUUAAUUUUGCACUUUUGAGAAAUGACAGGAGCAUGUUGCUACUUGCUGCAUAAGAAUGUUACUAAGGAUUCAUAUAGAACCUGUUGCCACUGGUGUCCAAUUGAACAUUUUCUUUUGUGAGUAAUGAGGUUCAUUAGAAGGGGUACAAACAUGAUGAAUUGGUGCACUACAGUUUGUUCUAGCAAGAGUAAUUGUUUCUCCAGUGCUGAAGUUGGCUCCUUAACCAGUGGCUCAGUUUUUGAAAGGCCUUCAUCAUCUUUUUUAUAACAAGAGAAAAUGAGAUGCUACUCUGAAACCAAUGAAUGCAGGAGGCAAAGACAAGACUCGAAAGCAAUUAGAUUUGCUUUGCUUUUUUGUAAAUUCCAUAUAGAGCUGCUAAUAGUAGCAAGAAUGUUUGUAUAUUCCAUGAAAUAUCAUGGCACCUAAAAAAAACUGAUACGUCCUUGGAAAGAUUACCAAAUGUUCACUUGAAUAUGGUUUGAAUUUGGAAGUACAAAGGCUGUUGUCUCCUUCAUUCCUGAGCAGCCUUCUCCUUAUCUAGUCUCUUUGCCCAUUCUCUUUUCCAUCUGCUGUAGACUAACAUUAGAGGCUUGUGGGCCGUAGCGGGACAAGUAAAGUGUAUCAGGUUCAUCUUCUCUAUAAGCACUUUUCAAAUGCCUGAUGGGAUUUUCAUGAAUAAAACUAGUAAUGCAAUAA